ACCAAGAUAGAAACAGAGAAAGGCGAUGCGUACACGGAGAAAGAAGCAGAGAAAGAGAGGCGACGAAAUCAAAAAGUUUCAAGAAACGAUUUUUCAGACCCAAAACAUUGGCAGAACGGUAAACAGGAGUUUAUAAAGCUCGAGUUCGUUGUUUUGCCAAUACCCUUACGCGGACAAAUUUUCCAGGUGGAGCCACGUAAAAUCGAGUUUAUGAGACUCGAAUUCUGCCCACCAUUAAAUCACAUAUCCUCAGCACUUUCAAACGGCUCAUUACAAAAUCCUCAAAGUUCAAACACCUAAACACGAACCCUUUCAAACUCACUCUCAAGCCGUUCGUAGCCCACCGUUCGUAGCCCGCCGUUCGUAGCCUUUCGUUCGUAGCCCGCCGUUCGUACUCUCUCUUUUCAGUAUGGAGCCUCGGAUUGAUGAGGAGCCAGAGAUAGUGCACCUUGGUCCCCAAAAUCAGUCAUUGUUGACGCGACAACGAUAUCAUCGAUCAGAGGACAUUUGGAAUGGCGAGGAAGAGGCAGCAGGAUUGGGAAAGAUGAGGCAUAAGAGAUUGGUGAAUCUGAUUGGUUGCUGUGCUGAAGGAGAUGAACGACUUUUGGUAGCUGAGUACAUGCCCAAUGAUACGAGGUCCAAAAUAUUUUUCCAUUGUAUUACUCAAUAUCCUAAUUUUCAGCUUCUUUUGAGCUCAUAAUAGGACUUAAACAGAUAAAUAGUUGCAACUGAUAAAAUGGAUCUCUUUUACUAACACUUUCUCUGUACGAAAGAUCUGCUUUAUUCUCUCUCUUCCUCUCUCUUCCCAUAUAAAUGAACUUUAAUGGCCUGAGCUCAACCUGUGAGUAUAUUAUUAGAAGCUGCAAUAGUAAGUACAAUGAUUUGUGCUUUUGCCAUUAUGAUAUUGUAAAUAACUCUCCUUUCCUAUAUAGCUGCCAACUUUCCGAAUCUGAAAAUCAAAUCAAUAUUGUUGUGUUUGAAGCUUUAAUGUGGUGUCCUAUCUGCAUUUAGUUUUGUUCCUUUCUUUCUGCUAACACUCAAAAUUGCUCAGAAAUCAAAAUUGAUUUCUUUCAAAAUUGCUGGGAGUCACCUAACAAAUCAAAAUUGAUUACUCAACUUGCUGAGAAAUCAAAAUUGAUUACUAUGUAGUAAGUUAUGACCUUAUUGCUGAGAAAUCAAAAUUGAUUACUUAACUAAAUGUUCCACUCAACUGAUUCCACGAAGUUUCACUGAUUUUGAUUUUUUGAAAUUUUCAGAUUUCAUGAAGCCAGGACACGAUCAGUACGUUUAUUUGUAUUUGCAUCUAAAUUCUUUUGAUAUAAAGUUAAAAGGUUGUAGUGGCUUGACAGAUGUCGUGUGAAAGGCUCUCUAUUAGAAGUCAAUGAUAGGUUAAUCAAGCAGCCGGGAUUGCUUAAUUCAUCGGUGAUAAUAAUUAACCUUUUAUGCUAACUCAAAGUUCCUAUAGUAUAAUUAGUUGUAUAAUAUAUCUGUCUUGAAUUAUUGCUGCACUUCAAGUCCUUCUCUGGUUUAUAAUCAUUUUUCAUAUUACAUGUUUACAUUAGCUUUUUCACUGGGCAAUUUUCAAAUUUUUAGAAAUUGCAGCAUUGUGCUCUUGACUGUCAUAUUCUAGAGUACAAAUUAGUACUAGUUUGCGUCUAGGAGAUGGCUUUCUAUAGGGUACUUGGGGAAAAUAUACAAUCUCUUCAUGCUGCGUUUGUGCAUGCUUGGUGUUGUGUUUGUAGGUUACAUAUGAUUUUUUUUUUGUUUUUGUUAUAAAGGAGACUUAUAAGACAAGUUUUUGAGAUGUCUUAGUGUAUAGAAAAUCAGUUGAUUGACACCCAAGGAAAUAAGAAUUAAUAUACGAAUGGGAUGAGAAGUGUGGUGGUGGCCAUGUAGAAUUAGGACCCGUUUUGUUGGUUGGCUUGUGCCAAGACAGUACCUUGCACUUCUCAUUUGUUUGAAUGUUGCAUGGAUUUCCUCAGAUGUCUCUCCUUGCUAUAAAAUUCUAUAGGCAAUUUGUUGUUGUUUUACUCCUAGGGUAUCAACUAGUGCUGUAUCUUUAUACAUGGUGAAAUAUAAUGAUUACUGUUUGGAAUGUAUAUAAGCAUGGUUGCAAUUACAUCUCAAUCUCAACCAAGCACUUUGUGAUUUCAGUCGCCCAAGAGUCUUGUGUAGCUCAAUUGGCACAUCCUAGUGUUUCUAACGGAGUUAAAAAGAAAGAGCUCGCUUGAUCAAGAAACUUGCAAAGAUUAAGGAAGAACAGGGGCUUAUAGCUGAAGCUGCAGAUUUGAUGCAAGAAAUUGCUGUGGAAACCUUUGGUGCAAUGGCAAAAACUGAAAAAAUUGCAUUUAUUCUAGAACAAGUACGUUUGUGCUUAGACCGCCAGGAUUAUGUUCGUGCCCAAAUCCUGUCAAGGAAGAUCAGUCCAAGAGUUUUUGAUACUGAUACUUCAAAAGAAAAGAAAAAGCCUAAAGAAGGUGACAAUCUUGUUGAAGAGGCUCCUGCUGAUAUACCAUCUCUAUUGGAGUUGAAGCGGAUUUACUAUGAACUAAUGAUAAGGUAUUAUACCCAUAACAAUGAUUACCUUGAAAUUUGUCGUUGCUAUAAGGCAAUUUAUGACAUUCCAUCUGUCAAAGAGAACCCAGCACUGUGGACUCCGGUCCUGAGGAAAAUCUGUUGGUUUUUGGUUCUGGCACCUCAUGAUCCAAUGCAAUCAAGCCUUCUUAACUCAACCUUGGAUUAUAAGAUUCUUUCUGAGCUUCCAAAUUUUAGGUUGAUGUUGAAGGUGGCCGUCAUACUGCUUUCUUCUCAAAUUAUAUGCCUCAAUUUUACAUGAGGACUGCAGAUAUAACUGGGAAGGUGGAACUACCUGAAAGCGUAAAGAUGGUGAUGCCUGGUGAUAAUGUGACUGCAACUUUUGAGCUAAUGGCACCUGUUCCUCUUGAAGCAGGU